UCCGCUGCUACAACUCGGAAAUUUAGAAUGAAGAUUUUGUCAAUUGUUUUUGUGUCAUGGAUUUCAAAAAUAACAUGUUUUUACAGAUGGUCACCCCAUGACAAUGCGGAAUACAGAGAAGAGAUAUCAGUUAAGUUAUCACGAGGCAUGCGUACAAGACGAUCAGCAGACGACAGCUUUCAUCCACAUACUUAUGACCUUGACCUACAAGUGGAAGAGUCACAAGUUCAUUUUCAUUUAGUACGGAAUGAUAACAUCAGGACGAAUGUUCGAACCAUAACAUUGAGCCAAGGAAUGUUUAAUGACACCAACCUUCAAGAAGAAAAGGAGUCCAUAUUUUAUCAAGAUAUAAAAAAAGGGGCAUCAUUUGUAGUUCAACAAGACAAUCAGUCAGAAAGUAUGUUUGGGAAUUUCAAUUCUGGUGGUGACAGUUUUAUCCUCAAAAGUACUGAAGUAAGUUUGGCUUCGGUAAUGUCCGGUAGAAACAGAUUUGAAUUGUUCAAAGAGAUAAGAAAUCGAACAGAGUUUGGAGAUGGAUUACAAUUCGGUAGUACAUUUGAAGGUUUACAAGUGAGACAACGCAAUCGGCAGAAAAGAGCCACAGGAUCAAACAAAGUAGAACUUUUAAUAUUUUGCGACUAUGGUAUUUAUGAUUAUUGGUACAGACAAAGUGAAGCGUCAACAACAUCGGACAAGGAGUAUGACGCGCUUGCAUCUGUCCGCCAGUAUUAUGCAUUUGUCAUAAAUGGGAUGGAUGCUAUGUAUAAAAAUAUCCAGACGUCUGAUUAUACUAUAUCGGUUUUAUUUGCUGGGAUAGUUAUAUCACAGGAAUCGUUCUUGUAG